AGACAUGCUAGACAAAUGUUACAUAAACCUUAUGUGGCUACUAGGGAAGAGAGAGAUAAGUAUAGAUCUGUCCUUGAAGAUGCAAGAAAGGUUCAGUGGAGGUACGGUUACCCUCCAGACUUCAAUAGUGUGAAUCAGCUAUUUGAAGAAGGCCAGACCAAGGUGUGGCCAGAAGGGUCGUUGGAAGAGACUGUGCAAAACGCAAUCAAGUCAUGGGAGAUGGAGUUUUCACACAAGGUCCGUUUACAGGACUUCAAGACCAUAAAUCCCGAGAAAUUUAAGCUCUUUGUCAAUGGUAAUUACUCUCUGUGCGGCUUUGCAUGGGAAGUACUCUCUGUGUACUCAGGACCGCCUGUUAUCGCCUUCAAGUUUAGACACUGGGGAUACUUUGAAGGAACUUUCAAAGGUCAUGCUCCUACUGGGGAAAUGGUUCAGUUCCUGGGUCUAGGAGUUCUAAAGGUUGAUGAAUCGCUUAGAGCAGAGGAGAUUGAGAUUUACUAUGAUCCAGGAGAACUGUUCGGGGGACUACUCAAGGGACCUCCUAUAUCAGAGACCAAAACCACAGACACUGGAGACAACACUGCAGAGAAACAAAGCUGCCCAUUCACACAGUAG